CAGCGUGCAAUCUCAAAGUGCAGCUUUUUUCUCCCUUUUGCACAAUAGUGCCAUCGGGGAAGAUCAUGAAUUUGCUAUACCUUAUCUUCGCCUUGAGUUCUUGUGGGGUUCACAGCUUGGGAGACCCCGGUCCCUUAGAGGAUGUCGUCAUUGACAGAUACUACAUCCCCAAAGUGUGCUUGCGAGAAGUUCAGAUGGGUGACUUCGUCCGCUACCAUUACAAUGGGACUUUUCAAGACGGCACCAAGUUUGACUCCAGCUAUGACCGAGGUGCUACUGUGGCAGGUAUUGCAGGUGUGGGACGACUCAUCACUGGCAUGGACAGGGGCCUGCAGGGCAUGUGUGUGAAUGAGAGGAGGCAUCUCAUUGUGCCACCACACCUUGGCUAUGGUAGCAUCGGUGUUGCUGGUCUCAUCCCACCAGAUACCACCCUCUAUUUUGAUGUCAUCUUGCUUGACAUUUGGAACAAAGAAGAUAAGUUGCAGAUCACCACUCUCCACAAGCCACAACAGUGUAAUCGCACAGUGGAGAAUUCAGACUUUGUACGAUAUUACUACAAUGGCACACUUCUGGAUGGAACCCCCUUUGAUUCCAGCUAUGGAAAAGACAAUACUUAUGACACCUAUGUGGGUUCAGGCUGGCUAAUCAAAGGUAUGGACGAAGGCUUGCUAGGGAUGUGUCCUGGAGAGAAGCGGCAAAUAGUCAUGCCUCCUUUCCUGGCCUAUGGAGAGAAAGGCUAUGGUACUGUCAUCCCCCCGCAAGCAUCUUUGGUUUUUUAUGUUCUUUUGAUGGACCUGCACAAUCCAAAAGAUAGUAUCUUCUUGGAGUACUUGGAAGUGCCAACAUCAUGCAAACGCAAGGCUGUGACAGGAGAUUUUGUGCGGUACCAUUAUAAUGGCACUUUAAUGGAUGGGACCCUCUUCGAUUCCAGUUAUUCACAGAAUCAUACUUACGACACUUACAUUGGGAAAGGCUAUAUCAUCCCUGGAAUGGAUCAAGGACUAGAAGGGGUCUGCAUUGGUGAAAGAAGACGAAUAAUAAUUCCUCCCCACUUAGCCUAUGGAGAAAAUGGGGCAGGGAACAAGAUACCAGGCUCCGCUGUCCUUAUAUUUGAUGUCCAUGUCAUUGAUUUCCACAACCCCACAGAUUCCGUAGAGAUAGAGACCAUCUUCCGCCCUGCAGACUGUAACGUCACCGCUCAGGAUAGAGAUUUUGUUCGCUAUCAUUAUAACUGCUCACUCUUGGAUGGUACCAAGCUUUUCUCCUCGCAUGACUAUGAACAUCCUCAAGAAGCUACCCUGGGUACCAAUAAGAUAAUUGAAGGCUUGAACAGUGGCCUACUCAGCAUGUGUGUGGGAGAGAAGAGGACUGUCAUUGUUCCUCCACAUUUGGGGCAUGGUGAAAGUGGUGCCCGUGGUGUACCUGGAAGUGCUGUUCUUCGCUUUGAAAUACAACUUUUACACCUGGAAGUCGGUGUUCCAGACGGUUAUUUGUUCAUUUGGCAUGGUGAGCCACCCCAAAACCUGUUUGAAGCUAUGGAUCUGAAUCAGAAUGGUGAAGUCCCAUCAGAGGAGUUCUCCACAUUCAUUAAGUCCCAGAUUGCAGAAGACAAAGGACAUAUGAUUCCAGGCAUUGACCCAGAAAAAGUAAUCACAGACAUGUUUCAGAAUCAAGACCGGAAUAAAGAUGGGAAGAUCACAGCAGAGGAACUGAAGCUGAAGUCAGAUGAGGAUCAAGUUAAACAUGAGGAACUUUAAAUUAUAAAGAAUCCCUUUUUUAAAAAAUGUUCCCAUUUGGUGGUCCUUUCCCUAUUUGGGGGAGAAAAUUGGCCUUCAAACACUUCCAAUGUUAGACUGGAUAUAGGAAGCCAUUAGGUUUUUUCCUCAUUUGUUUUUGCUUUGACUGUAUAUUAUUGGAAAUGAGUAAAAUGAGAAACAAAACCCAGUGGGCUAAAUGAAUGGUGAUAAAUCUCCCAAUUCACUGGUUACAUAUCCUUUCCUGAGACCAAUUCUUCCAUCUUAAUUGAAUUCUGCUUAUUUCCCGAUUACAGCAGUUGUCUUGCCCAUAAAUCAUGACAUUAAACCAGAUAUUCUGCUUGGGAUCUGUGCAUUCAACUGUCCAAAUCAAGGUUGAAUUCACUAUCAGGAAACCCAGACUGGCUUAUUGGAGCCAAAUAAGCAGUAUCAGGUCUCUCUGUAUUCAUCAACUAUUUUUAGGUUUUUAAGGCAAAAAGAACCCAAAUUAAUUUUUGUCUUUUUGGUAUAAGUUAGAAUAAGCAUUUUUUAAAAAUGGAUUCCUGCACAAUGCUUAAAGGAUUUAAUUGGCUCAGCCUUUUUCAUGACUUUACCUUUGAAUUUCUGUAACUGUUGUUAAAGUACAGGGCUGUUGGAUCAAUACCAAUCUUAAAAAUCCAGAGUCUUGAUCAGAAGAGCAUGACCAUAAUUUACUUUCCUUAAAUCAGCUUUGGUUGCAUUUUUCUCUAAUGGGGAUCUAUGAUUAACUGAUAAAAUUAAAAUCCUUUAACUGUUAAAAUUCUUGAAGCAACUAGUUCACCAUAAAAAAAACUGGCUGGUACAAAUAAUGUAUCUUUAUGGCAGGCAAGGGACAUUAUUGACAAUAUUGGACUGUUAACAUCCGUGACUUUGUCAGUCAAGAGGAUGUUAAGUCUUAAUUUGAUAUCAGAUAGUUACAUCAGCACACAUGUUUAACCUCACUCCAGCUGCCAGUAGAGCUGAAUAAUAAAAAGUACUAAUAGAAAGGCUGAAGUAAGUUAGGAAAACCUGUGCACAUCCAUGUGAGAUUCUGAGCUACAUGUUUCAACUGAAUCAUUAAAAUUCUUGAAAGCAACAUGAAAUUGUUACUUUUGAGCAACAAGCAAUUGUAAGUACAGGCCACUUAUAAUUAUGUAAAAUGUUUUUUUCUGAAGGCUAGAACACGCACAUCCUAGUUGUAGUCUUUGUACACAAUAUACAAAAAGAUGCACUGGCACCCACAAUUUCUCCAAGUUGAUGUCUUAUAGAAAUACAUGAAUUUCAGUUCUUAUGCCUUUUUCUAUCUAAGUAACGGAUUUUCUCCCAUGUACUUCAAGUUAUACAUCAAGUCAUUCAAGAAAGAUAGUCAUAACAUAGCAGUCACAUCUUUUGAAGGCCCUUAAGUCACCAGUGGAACAAUAUUUAUCAUCAUAUAGAGGGUACAAAAUUAAAAUGUCUUUUGUGCUUCACCCAUCUAAAAGUAGUCUAGGACUCAUUCUCUUUUACUGAACAGAACAUCCAGAAAUUUACAGUACCCAGAAUUCUUUUGAAUAAGCCAUAAUAUUAAGGAUUGAAAUCAGUAAAAUCAAUACUAAAGUAUGUGCCUUUGGACUUACAAAAGUCUGAAGAGGGUUUUUUUAGUUACAACUGGUUUUUAAAAAUUGUAGUAUGUUGAAGUCAGUGGUACUGUGAUAACUUUUAAAAAAUUGGUUCAAUUAAAGCAGAUAAAACAAAAUAGGCAUACCAAAAUGUUCAAAAUAAGGCAAUUGUUUUAUUAUAUUUACAUGUCUUUUAAAUAAAAAAUGUUGAAAAUUUUGUGG